AGGAGCGUCAGCUGUGCCCUGCUCUUUGCCCACUAAGUAUCCAGACUCAGACUCUGUCGUCUAACACAGGUGGAGGAGAGGAAGAGGAGACCACCGCUGGAGAGAUGAGAGCAUCCCAGCAGCUGUCCCUGGUGGGCUUUCUCCUCUUUUUUCUCCUCCCUGCUCACCUCUGUGAGAUCUGUGAGGCAAGCAAUGAGCAGCAGGCCAGCCUCGCUCCUCUGAUGGCCACAAUGAUUCAAUCCAGGCAGCCCUCCCCAGAAGCAGAUUCCAGCAUCCUGAUUGCCCUCGAGCUGGCAAGGCAAUAUGACCAGAAAGCUGAGACAGCCUUCCUCAAUGUAGUCAAACAAAACAUCCUGCAGCGUGAAACUUUAACCUCAGGACAGCUUGCCCUGAUUAUUCUGGCAUUGACAGCUGCCUGCCAGACAAGCUUUGUAGCUGAAUAUAAACUGGUCAAAAGCCUGGAAGAGAAGUUCCAAAAGGAAAUAGACAGUAUUGAUACCUCUGGCCAGCCACUGACUAACUACUAUGAGCUUGGCUUGGAUGUCUUGGCUUUGUGUCUUCUAAAUGGAACCUAUUCAUCCUCCAAAAUUGCUAAGCUCUUCUCUGCAGAGCAAAGGAUGAGUUAUAUUAGUGGUCAGUUCUUUGUGGACACUGGGGCACUUGCAGUCCUGGCUCUGACUUGUGUGAACAGGCAGAGCCCAGAUAAAAUUAUCAGUAAAAAUAUAUUAUGGCUUGUGGAGAAGAUCCUGAAGGAGAAAAAACAAGAUGGCACCAUAGGAGAUAUCUACAGCACAGGAGAAGCCAUGCAGGCCCUUUUUGUGACUCCAGAGUAUUAUAAGAAGGAAGCCUGGGACUGUAAUCAGACUCUUAACACCGUGCUAAGCCAGAUUUCCCAGGGAACAUUCAGCUUGCCCAUCGCUGCAGCCCAAGUGUUGCCUGCCCUGGAGGGCAAGACUUACUUGGACGUUACCCAUGUUUCCUGUCAGUCCAGACCAGCAGGUCACCUCAACAUCUCUACCCCAAAACCUACAGAACCCACUCACCAAUCCAAGAAUAUCUCAGUCACUUACAGUGUAGUGGAUUCCAUCAAUAACAACAUUAACGAAUCCACCAUCAUCUCAGUGCCGAAGGAUUCUGUCUUCCUGAAGGUGAUGGAGGCAGCUCAAGCCCAAAACUACUCCAAGUUUUGGUUCACAAUAGAGUCAAGUGAAUGGGGAGCAUAUGUCACCUCUGUUCAUGGUAUUCAGGCCAGCAGUAAAAACAGAACCUACUGGGAGCUCCUGAAUAAUCAUCAACCAUUGAGCCAAGGAGCUGGGAGCUUUGUAGUGUCUGAUGGCGAUAAUCUGGAGGUCAGGCUGAGUCAAUACUGAUGGAAGAGAUAUUGGAAGAGUCACCCAACUAUAAUACCCAACCUUUCCACCUGUGGAGUUCACCCUAGGAUUCCUUGGAGAAACACAAGAUCCUUUGCCUUUCUCCUCACUCAUCUCAGCCCCUGUGGGAAAUAGCUUUGUCCUUCCUCUGUCUCUCUGUCUCUGUCUCUCUGUCUCUCUCUGUUUCUGUCUCUCUCUCUCUCUCUCUGUCUCUCUCUCUGUCUCUCUCUCUCUCUCUCUCUCCCCUUACACAAUAAAAAUUCAACAGAAUAAUAGUGUCAUUGAUCAUUUCUGCUAAUAAGAGGGCUUUGGAAAUCAAAGAAAGGAACUUUUGUCCAGCCACCAUUAAGAGGAUCUAGGCA